AUGCUGUUUUAUUAUUACAAUUUCGACUUCGUCAUGCGAUGUAGGGUGGUCGUCUUGAUCGCGUUCACCGUGGUCAUCGGCUGGUGGCCGGCCGUGGUCGUGGCUUGGAACACCGACAGACUGUACGGCACGCGGAUGCGGGCUCGGCUAACCGACUUGGCCGUGUGGCGGAACCGCGCGUACGCAUGCUGGCCCAGGGCUGACGCUUCACAACCGGUCACCCUGUUAGAACUGCCGUGGCCGGAAACCGUCAACGAACAACCGCAACAACCAUCGUCGUGGACGCCUAGCAGGCCGUUUUACGCAGAUCAACAAGUGAGCACUCCUAUAUGUGUUAUUAUUGUACCUACCUAUUUAAUAUUAAUAAUUACGUCAUGGUUACGACUUUACGAGUUCAGUGGCGUUCUAAAAAUCUAA